AUGAAUUAUAUACCACCGGUGAAAUCAAACGCAACUACUGAAGCCAACAACACAUUGGGCAAGGGUUCGCUUUUCGCUGUGCUUGUACCCACGUUGAUUGUGCCCUUGUUGGGUAUAUGUUUGCUUCUAUAUGAAUGCGCAAAAAGGAUACACCGCAAACACCAGAGUAAGAAGAAGCGUCGGGAACGCAGAGCUAGAAGAAGAAGAAGUGGAGGCGGCGAUGGCGAUGAUGACGAUGGCAAUGAUGCAAGUGAAGUUGGAGAUGAGACUAACUUAUCAAAUUCUUGGUUUAUAUUUAGCCACUUGGUCAGACCGGCACCACCAGCACACUUAAAAGACGAUGCAACGCUAGUUGAAGUUCCCCCAAUUGUCCCAGAAUCGGAUUUGGAAUCUGCCGAGACCAAAGUAGAUUACCGGAGAUGA